AGAUGGUAUUCUUUUUUAUAAGGUAAAUAAAGGAAAAGGUCAUAAAGAGAAAAAUAAAUUAUCAUUCAUCAUGUUUAUGAUUCCUUUUUUUUUAAAAAAAAAAUAAUUAGGGAAUGGCGAAAAAGUAUUUGGCAUUGGAUGCAAUGGAUAAUCACAAAACUGGGGUUGCCGUUGGAUUUUUACGAGACUGCAAAGCUGAUUUACGAUCUGUACAACAUUCAAGUUUAACUAAACCUCAUAUUCGAAAAUCAACUGCGGUGGCAGCAAGGGCAAUGAAAGAAGAAGAAAAUGUGAAUGAGCUUUUACAACGGUUCACAAUGAUCAACGAUACGGCUGCCUAUGAAGAAGUACCUUCUCGUCAGGAUUUACAAAGGAUGAUACCCAGUGGACGUAGUGCUUUGGAAUUGAAACAAUAUACGCCACCAACUGCUAUGUUUGGACAAGCCAAUACUUAUGGAGGGGAUGAUCAAGGACAAACAGCAUAUGCUAGAAGUGGACGUUACUGGUGAGCUUUUUGUAUUAUCUAAUAUUUUUUUUUAUCGGAAGUGUCAAAAUAGUGAUGAUUUGAAUAUGGUUUUAUUAUAUGAAUAAAAGAGA